AAAUGAAAAAUCAGAGUAACUGUAAUAGGGUGGUGCUAGAGUGUGCAGUGUGUAAUGUGAUAAGUAGAAGGCUCCCUCGGGCGGGCUGUGUGGCGGGCGGCCUGUGUGCGCGCGCGCUCUUUUAGCGCCUUUCCUUCAGGCUUGGCGCGUGACUUCACCAACGGCUCCAUCUUAUGGACCGCAAAGUGAGAAGUCUGUAUGUGUGUCAGUUAACAGCUAUUCACAUCCACAUGAAGACUAAUCCCCAGCAGGUCUACUGUAUGGAAAUACGCCGUCUGACAGUUAACAAUUAAACACACCAAACUGUAGAUUGUAAACAAACAGUAAAAUUUGCAGUGCUGAAUUAACACAGGUUAUAGUCUUUAACUGUAAAAGUGGUUAUUUUGUCUCCAACUGGGUAUCGCUCUUAAUGCCAUGUAUGUCUUAAUAUGCCUAUAGCACUGAAUUAAAGUGCGUCAAUGUGGUACAUCAUGUUAAAAGAUCAGAACCGCUGCCACAUGUGCUUCGUCAUCACACAGCUUCAUCCUCUCCUCCAUGCGCUUAAAUUCACCUGCAAUUCUGUAAUGAUUAAAACCUAUUGAUCGCCAGACUAAUGUAUUCUGACACAAAUAUCCCGGACUCUUUUGUGUUUUUGUGCAUGUAUUCUGGUAAAGACACUCCCCUCGGUGUAUUUUCUCAACACGGCGAUACGCGACACUCGCGGCUCGGUGAGCCAAUCAGAGCGCGAGCGCUUUAAAGGGCAGUUAAGAGCACACGCGACCGUUUUAAAGUCUGACUCAGUUUCCUGCAUUGUGGAUCAUGACGCUUUGGACCUGCUAGUUUUGAGGUGGAUCUAAUUUCUUUCGAAGAAGAAUGGAGUGACUGAAUUUCAAGCAUCACGACUCCGGCUUUGCUGCUCCUCUCCUUCAGAGUGAAUGCACUUGUUGCGCUUCCUCCGCCUCCAUCUAACGGACUAGCACUCAUCCAUCCAGAGCAGGGGCUUCGCAACAGGUUCACAUUGCCGAGGAAAUCCGAGUACGUGUUUAAAGAAAAGGCGAUCGUGUCCCGAUCACGAUGCCCGUGUUGACGAGUCCAGAGAUCGCCAAGAAGUUCAAGGAGAAAUGGAUGCUGCUGCAUCCGGAGGAUCAGGAGGACGCGGGCGGAGCUGUGAGCUUUGAUGACAGUCUAACGAGCCUGCACUGGCUACAGAACUUCUCCAUAGUGAGCGCGGCUCCGGACAGAGCGCCCGGUUUCGGCUGGAGACCGCAGCAGCUUCUGCACACGGCGGGUGGCACUGAGUCUCCCUCCAGCCCUACUGCCGGUGACACAGCCGCCUCGGGCACUGCACACACUCCCGGAAAUCCCGGUGCCUCCUGCAGCAAACUGGCCGGAGCGAGCGCCUACACGCCGAUGUACGGGCACAGCGGAGCUCAGCCGCAUGAGGAGGUCGAUUAUAAAACCAACCCGCAUGUGAAACCGCCAUACUCGUACGCCACGCUCAUCUGCAUGGCCAUGCAAGCCAGCAAGAAGACCAAAAUCACCCUGUCCGCCAUCUACAGCUGGAUCACCGAAAACUUCUGCUAUUACAGACAUGCCGAGCCCAGCUGGCAGAACUCAAUUCGCCACAAUCUGUCUCUGAACAAGUGCUUUAUGAAGGUCCCCAGGCAGAAGGACGAGCCAGGAAAGGGAGGCUUCUGGCAAAUCGAUCCUCAAUAUGCAGACAUGUUUGUGAAUGGGGUCUUCAAACGUAGGCGAAUGCCUGCCACAAAUUUCAGCACCCAGAGACAAAACAGAAUUCUGUCCUCUUGCUCCCCUUACAGCCCUCAGCGCAACCCACAAACUGGAUUGGGUCACUACCAAGAGCCUGUAGCAGGAAGCAAGCGCAAACAGGCCUGUCCCAAACGAGGGGGCAAGCUGGGGAGAAUGUCCCAGUCCCCGCUGUUAGCGAGUGAGAUCAAAACAUCAGAUGUGCUCCGGGGAGAUUUCGACCUGGCCUCAGUGUUUGAUGAUGUCCUCAGUGGAAAUGGCAGUACGUUUGAGGACCUGGACAUCAACACUGCUCUGAGUUCCCUCGGCUGUGAGAUGGAGGUGUCCUCUCAGAACCAGCAUGGGUCCACAGUGUCCAAAUGGUACAGCAGUGAGGAUGAGCAGGCUUGUGCUUAUUUAGAAAUGAACAGCAUGAUGGGAUGUAGCAUGGAAGACUUUCAGCGCCAGCAGCAGCCGCAGCAACUGCAGAUACAGACCCAUCAGCAAUAUUAUGAGGGAUUGGCACUGUUUUCAGAUCUGCCUCAGCAGCAGCAAACCUGGGAGAUUAAAGAGGAGGCACAGGCCAUUCCUCUGUCUCUGGAUCAGGGCUACGGUCUGUGCGAAGGAUUUUUCUCUGAGAUGCCUAUGUGGGAGAAGGGAGAGGUGUUUCUUUGAACACAUGCACUGUCAUUGCUGGUUCAUCUGGCCUGCUGACUUUUGUUUUGCUACAUUAGCAUACUGAAUGUUUCAAGAGACCUGUGUAAUUAUUCUUUUUACUUGCUUUGGAUUUUUUUCCCUGAGAAUCUAUGCUAAAACAUUGAUCAUUAUCCUUAUUCUUUUUUGAAUAUUUUUUAAAUCAUGGUUGGAUUCAGUAACACGCUAAUGACUACUAUGGAGCAUAUCAAAGUAGAGGCAAAUUUUGUGUAGAUAAAAUCAACUUAAGUCUAUAUUAAUUUUUAGUUCACUCGAUAUUUUAGAUAUGGUCAUAAUAUGAAUGUGAUAUUUUUACAUCUUUAAAAAAAAAAAAAUCAGAUAUUGGAUGGGAAGGGGAUGCAACAAGCCAAAGUGCUUUGCAGAAAUAUUUUCAGAGAUUUUCAGAAAAACAGCACAAGCACUUUGAGGCAGUGUUUAGUUUCAUUCCUAUAUUAUCACCCUUGUAAUUUAUUUGAUAAAAUGUGAGAAAAUGCAGUUUCUUUGUUUGUUUUUUCCUUCUUUUUUUAUAAUUCCUUCCUCUUUUUUUACAUAAGCUGUUUUAAAUGCCAUUGUCCUGAUUUUUUUUAUUAAUUCUUAGGAGCAAUAUCAUGUUAAGGCAAGGACUGUUUUAGAUUUGUAUUUGUAUCAAGUUACCUAACAUGCAACUUGAAUCUAAUUAUAUCCUGUACUUGAAUAAAAGGAU